AUGGCCACUAACGUACAAACGCUUCUUCAACGGACUCGAGAUAUCACAGCCGAUGAUCUAGCCGGACCUCGAGCACCCGUGCAAGUUCCCGAUGGCACCUCAGACAAGCGUCCCAAGGUCCGCAGCAAGUACCGGCACGUUGCAGCCCUGCACUCCAAAGUCCAACCUUCAUGCCUCAGCCACGAGACAAGCGAAACUCCGAGUUUUAUCGGCUUCCGCAACCUGAUGGUCUUGGUCAUCAUUGUCAUGAACCUUCGUCUUGUGGUCGAGAAUGCCAAAAAGUAUGGCUUGCUUAUCACGGUCAAGAUGAAUCUGCGGGAUACGGAUAUCAAGACCGCCCUCGCUCUCUAUGCGCUGACCCCUUGCCACCUAUUUGUGGCCUACCUUAUCGAACGGGUUGCUAUGGAAAAUGCGAAAGGUCUGGUGGGCCGCAGGAAGAAAGAUGAUCCCGAUCAGAGCAAGCCCGAGACCGAGAAAGAGAAGAAGGAAUUCUACUAUACAUGGUGGUGGAUAGCUGUAGCCCACACUUUCAAUGCUUCUUUGGCCCUGUUGAUCACGAGCUGUGUGGUAUACUAUCAGAUCCAGAAUCCCGGCCUCGGCAUGAUCAGCGAGCUGCAUGCCAUCGUCCUCUGGUUAAAGACAUGCUCUUACGCGUUCACCAACCGGGACCUGCGACACGCAAUGCUGCAUCCUGGAGGGCCAGAGUCGGCCUUACCAGAGCUCUACUCCAAAUGUCCUUACCCAAAGAAUAUCACGUUGGCUAAUUUGUGCUAUUUUUGGUGGGCACCGACAUUGGUAUACCAGCCUUACUACCCUCGUACGGAGAGCAUUCGAUGGACGUUUCUCGCCAAGCGCGUUGGUGAGGUUAUCGCCCUGUCCGUCUUUAUCUGGCUUGUCUGCGCACAAUAUGCAGUACCUGUGCUGCGCAAUUCGCUUGGUGGAAUGGUCUCGCUCGACUUUCCAUCCAUCGCCGAACGACUGAUGAAAUUGUCAACGAUUUCGAUUAUUGUCUGGCUUGCAGGAUUCUUCGCUCUUUUCCAGUCGUUUUUGAACGCGUUGGCUGAAAUAAUGAGAUUUGGAGACCGGGUAUUCUACGAGGACUGGUGGAACAGCACAAACCUGAAGAUGUAUUGGUCGACCUGGAACAAACCUGUCUAUCACUUCAUGCGACGGCAUAUUUACUCACCGCUGGUAGGACGCGGUUGGUCAUCACAAGCUGCGAGUGCUUGGGUCUUUGUGUUCUCUGGCUUUUUGCAUGAAUUGGCUGUUGGUGUCCCGGCUCACUCUAUCCUCGGGGUGGCAUUUCUCGGGAUGGUUCUCCAGCUGCCACUCAUCAUGUGUACAGAGCCAUUAGCCAAAAAAGAUGGUACGGGCAAGGUUAUUGGUAAUUGCAUUUUCUGGAUUAACUUCGUGUUCGUCGGACAACCUCUGGCUGCGAUGAUUUAUUUCUUCUCGUGGCAAGCCAAGUACGGAGACUUGAGUGAAAUGCCGAAGAGGUAA